UUAGAUUGCGCUAGAAUAAUAUCUCGCCUGUCCUCUCACCGUUAUACAUAUAAAAAUCUGUCCGAGAACAGGUGCAUACCUGGACAAAUCUGCACAUUGCUUGUUCAGCAGUGACUGCAUAUCCACUGGACCGAAUGGGAAUAUCCACGGAGACUGUGUGACUGACGGGGCGACUGCAACACAACUAGGGAGAAAAUAUAUGAAGGAGUCUAACUAGGUACCAUGCGAGCUAUUACGGGACCGGCAGUAUCACGUUGAUUGUCGAUCACUCUAUUGGGGUAGACUAUGGGACUGGUUUUGAGAAGCCGUGCGGGUGCAGGACCAGCACAUCCAGUUUCAUUUAGCCAUUAAUUGUGCAUUAGGUUAUGUAUGUUGCUAUCCCUAUUCAACACGUUGCUGGAAAGCAAGGCUGGAGCAAGUCAUUGGUCCACUCCAUCUAUAAUUUAGAGGGAUGAUGCCUCAUUGUGGAACAUCCUCAGUCUCCCCCCUGUUUCCUCACCCUGUCUCCAGAGUUCAAACGCCUCAUCAGCAGACAGGCCACUCCUGAGCACUCACUGCUUCCCUUCCUGUUUGUCUGGCUGGCUGACAUCCCAGGGAGGUGAUGCGGCGGUUUGUCUACUGCAAGGUGGUUUUGACCACCUCUUUAGUGUGGGUGCUGGUGGAUGUAUUUUUGCUGCUCUACUUCAGCGAGUGUAACAAAUGUGAUGACAGGAAGGACCGUUCGCUGCUCCCCGCCCUUAGAGCGGUGAUAUCACGGAGCCAUGAGGGUCCGGGGGAGAUGGGCAAGGCGGUGAACAUCCCCAAAGAGGACCAGGAGAAAAUGAAGGAGCUCUUUAAGAUUAACCAGUUCAACUUGAUGGCCAGUGACAUGAUUGCACUCAACAGGAGUCUGCCAGACGUGCGGCUGGAUGGCUGUAAGACCAAGGUGUACCCAGACGACCUGCCUAACACCAGCAUUGUGAUCGUGUUCCACAACGAGGCGUGGAGCACCCUGCUGCGAACCGUCCACAGCGUCAUAAACCGCUCCCCCCGACAUUUGAUAGUGGAGAUUCUGCUUGUGGACGAUGCCAGUGAGAGAGACUUCCUCAAGAAGAAGCUAGAGAACUAUGUGAGAACGCUGGAGGUGCCGGUGCGGGUCCUGAGGAUGGAACAGCGCUCAGGUCUAAUUAGAGCCAGGCUGAGGGGGGCAGCUGCCACCAAAGGACAGGUCAUCACCUUCCUGGACGCCCACUGCGAGUGCACUGUGGGUUGGCUGGAACCUCUGCUGGCCCGCAUCAAAGAGGACAGGAAAGCAGUGGUGUGCCCUAUCAUUGAUGUCAUCAGCGACGAGACAUUCGAAUACAUGGCAGGAUCAGACAUGACGUACGGCGGAUUCAACUGGAAGCUGAAUUUCCGCUGGUACCCCGUCCCCCAGCGGGAGAUGGAUCGGCGCAAAGGGGACAGAACGCUACCUGUCAGGACGCCCACCAUGGCAGGGGGGUUAUUCUCUAUAGACAGAACGUACUUUGAAGAAAUAGGCACCUACGAUCCAGGGAUGGAUAUUUGGGGUGGAGAGAAUUUGGAGAUGUCUUUCAGAAUCUGGCAAUGUGGCGGCUCGUUGGAAAUCGUCACGUGUUCCCAUGUGGGCCAUGUGUUCCGGAAGGCGACCCCAUACAGCUUCCCUGGGGGAACGGGCCAAGUCAUCAACAAGAACAACAGGCGCCUGGCUGAGGUCUGGAUGGAUGACUUCAAAGAUUUCUUCUAUAUCAUAUCACCAGGCGUGGUGCGGGUGGACUACGGAGAUGUGUCUUCUCGCAAAGCCCUCCGCGAAGCCUUGCAGUGCAAACCGUUUUCCUGGUACCUAGAGAACAUCUACCCAGACUCCCAGAUCCCAAGGAGAUACUUCUCACUUGGUGAAAUCCGAAAUGUUGAAACCAACCAGUGUGUGGACAACAUGGGAAGAAAGGAGAAUGAGAAAGUUGGCUUCUUCAACUGUCAUGGCAUGGGUGGAAAUCAGGUUUUCUCGUACACCGCGGAUAAAGAGAUCAGGACAGACGACCUGUGUCUGGACGUGUCCCGCCUUAACGGGCCUGUCGUCAUGCUCAAGUGUCACCACAUGAAGGGCAAUCAGAUGUUUGAGUAUGACGCCGAGCGUCUGACCCUGCUGCACGUGAACAGCAACCAGUGUUUGGACAUGCCCUCUGAGGAGGACAAGAUGGUCCCCACCCUGAGAGACUGCACGGGCAGCCGCUCGCAGCAGUGGCUCCUCCGCAACAUGACCCUGAACGUCUGAGUCCUCGCCUCACCACUCUCCCGCCACCCUGUCCUCAUCUCCACCAGUGCCGGCUCCCUACACCUUCACCAGGUGGCUCUUAUCACGCACAUCCUAUGCCUCCUCCUGUAAUUGCCCGGCCAGCGCAUACAGGGAUCCAGGCAGCAGUGGCCUCUGGUGCUUUAUGGAGGGUCCGGGGACGUCUCCUCUUACGGCUCACCACAGGUUUGAUGGAGGCUGCGCCUGCCAUUCAGCCCACAUAACAAGCCGUGGCUUCGGUGACUUCCUCAUUGUGUCCAGACAGAGGGGAUGAUUUGCGAGAACCGGGUUCUGUGUGUGUGGAGAACGCUGAUAUCAAAGCACUGUGUAAGCCAGCUGCUAGCCAGGCAUCUGCUGUGCUGCUCAGACUGCUGCUUCACUCCAGGACUUAAAAACAGAAUAGCAUUUAUACCACAGAGUAUUACACUGUACAUCUCUCCAUAGGUCUGCACUGUCAAUAACCUGCCUUCUGCUGUGUACAUACAGUAUGUCAGUAUCUAGGUACAAUCCUCAAGGGAGGUGAUUCUUUUUUUCAUGACACUGUGCUGCACACUUUCUUUCCAUAUCCGUGUCUGAGUUACAGUGGACUAAUGGGAAAGCGAAUUUGUUUAUUGACAAUUCAUAAGGACAUUUGGAGGGAGAGAGAGAGAGGGAGAGAGAAAAGAAAACUAAGCUGAAGAUCCCAAACUACAGCACCGUCGUCCAUAGAAAAUGAACGCAGGAAGAACAGCGCAGCUACAACAUCCUCCCUCUUUUAAAAAUAACAACAUGAGCAAUCACAUCAUGUUCCAUUGUUACAGAGGAGUUAUAAACAGCGUUGGAAAUGUGAAGCUGCAGUUCUCUGGACCUGCUCCUCGAAUCGAUAGCUUGUAUGCCUUAAAGUUAAGUUUAUCGCAGGUUGGUUAAGGAAUUGAAAGACGUGGCUGAGAAUAAAAAAACAAUAACAACGACGUAGCACUCUGAUAAGUUCAGAUAGGAUUCAUUUUGAAUGAAUGUAAUAGGUUGCCCUACGUGGACACGCAUUCUUCUGAAAUAUUUCUACUGCACUGUGGCGCUUUUUGUUCCAUGUGCUACUAUCAAUGCUGAGGGCCUAAUUAUUUAAAACUGUCAUCAUGUCGAUCAGGUUGUACAUGAUUUCCGAUUCUUUCUAUUGAGACAUUGAUAUUUUGAGCAAAAACGAUGUCUUGGAGCUGUAUGGUUGCGUGUGCCUUUAGAAUGUUGAUUGGUAUUUGUCCGUUUUUAGACGACUGAAUUAUUUUGUUGUUAAAAAUGAGAAUGUCAAGUCUGUUUUCACUUCAGGGUAAUGGUACAGUACAGUAUAUCAGUAUCCAGUAAAUGUCAUAUGUCAUGAAUACUGUAUGUCAUCACCAUAUUUAUGCUUGACCAAACAUUCAGUUAUACAUUAUCAUUUGUCAGAAAGUCAGUAUUCAAUAUCUCAGUAUUCAGUCAGCCCCCCAAAACUGUGACAGGCACUUUUCGCUACAUUGAUGACCUGGAUCAGAUAACAGAUAUCACUGUACAUAAUACUGUUGACAUGUUUCUAUCAUCAUUGUUGUUUUACAUACAGAACCAGUUAUUUUUCUAAGCUGCUGUAAAACUUGAACACUCCUUUAAAAAAAAAAAAAAAAAGGACAUUGAAUGGUCUAAAAUAUCAUGAGGUAU